GCAUCUGCUGCUCUGUUUUAUUGUAAUAUUCAUAAUUUCCACCCUCCCUUUGCAUAGCAGCAAACCAGCAAGUCCAUAGGUAGCGGGAAGGGCUUUCCCCCCCCUCCUCCCCUUCCUCCUCCUCCUCCCCACCCCUUAAGGGGCGGCGAUCGCGGCGGAGAGGAAGAAAAGGAUGCCACGGAAGCUGUUGUUGCCUUAUAAAUCUGUUUUUUCCCACUUUCGAGCUCCGCGGGGUUUGCAUGACUCUCUGGCGAUGAACGCGGCCAGAAGCGGCUACCGGGUCUUCUCGGCCAACUCCACGGCAGCCUCCACCGAGCUGGCGAAGAAGAUCACGGAGCGUCUUGGUGCUGAGCUGGGGAAAUCUGUGGUGUACCAGGAAACCAAUGGAGAAACAAGAGUGGAAAUAAAAGAAUCCGUCCGGGGACAGGACAUCUUCAUCAUCCAGACCAUCCCCAGAGAUGUGAACACUGCUGUCAUGGAGCUGCUGAUAAUGGCGUAUGCACUGAAGACUUCCUGUGCCAGGAACAUCAUCGGGGUCAUCCCUUACUUCCCCUACAGCAAACAGAGCAAGAUGAGGAAGAGGGGCUCUAUAGUCUGCAAGCUGCUGGCUUCCAUGCUGGCCAAGGCAGGUUUAACACACAUUAUCACGAUGGACCUUCAUCAAAAGGAAAUCCAAGGCUUCUUCAGCUUUCCAGUAGACAACCUGAGAGCAUCCCCUUUCUUGCUUCAGUAUAUACAGGAAGAAAUUCCAGAUUACAGAAACGCAGUUAUUGUAGCCAAAUCUCCUGGUGCGGCUAAAAGGGCUCAGUCCUACGCGGAGAGGCUGCGGCUGGGCCUGGCGGUGAUCCACGGGGAGGCUCAGUGCACGGAGCAGGACAUGGAUGACGGGCGUCACUCCCCUCCAAUGCUCAAAAAUGCAACUGUGCACCCUGGCCUGGAGCUGCCCUUGAUGAUGGCCAAGGAGAAACCCCCAAUAACUGUGGUUGGAGAUGUUGGAGGAAGAAUUGCCAUCAUAGUGGAUGACAUCAUUGAUGACGUGGAAAGCUUUGUAGCUGCUGCAGAGAUCCUGAAAGAGCGUGGAGCCUACAAGAUUUUUGUGAUGGCGACUCACGGGCUCCUGUCCGCAGAUGCCCCCCGUCUCAUAGAGGAAUCCUCCAUCGACGAGGUGGUGGUGACCAACACGGUUCCUCACGAGGUGCAGAAGCUGCAGUGCCCCAAGAUAAAGACUGUGGAUAUCAGUUUGAUCCUGUCGGAAGCCAUCCGGCGGAUCCACAACGGCGAGUCCAUGGCUUACCUCUUCCGCAACAUCACUGUCGAUGACUAGACCCGGCGCUGCCGCCGUCCUGGGCUCCACAGGAGAAGGAAAUGUGCAUGAAAAGGCAAUACCAUAAAAUAUAGGCAUAACACAACUGUUUAUUUUUGUAGGAGCGUGAGGGUUUUCAGGGUCUUUGAGCCAUGAGAUCUAAUAGAAAAAAAAAAGUCAACCUGACCAGCACUUUACAGUUGAAUAGAAGAGGCCACUGGCAGUGGGGAGGGUUACACCUUAAUUAAAAGAAGGUGGUGUUGAAUUUUUAAGUUCCUUUAAUGAUUUUUUUUUUUUAGUGUGUUAUAUCUCUUGCCCUGUAGGGGUGGAAAGAAAAGCUAAACAGAAGUAGCUGUCAGCUUAUGAGAAGGGAAUAGGGACUGUUCAUUGCUGUGUGGGCAAGCAGGAGCAGCCUUUGGGGUUGUUUCUGCCUGUGGCUCACCCAAGAGCACAGAAGGGAACGUUCUGCUGGCAGAGCUGAGCAGCACAGCAGCUCCUUGCCAAGUGAGUGGCCUCUCAUCUCCUGCACAGCAGAGCAAGGACUUUCAUCAGAGCUAAGUUAGCAGAACAUCCCAAAAGGACAGCUUAGGGCAACCCGCUCGCAGGGCCGCUCCCAUCCUUGUGUCAGGGAGCUGGGAACAAGCUCACGUGUCUCCCAGCGGAGCAGGGAACGCCAGUUAAUGUGUUGGCCUUUUCAUUUCGCCAGCUUUCGGAUCAUUAUUGUUCUUCGGUGACAAGUCACAUGAGGGUCUUGGUCCUCACUUGAACACUUGUCUGCACUGCAAAGCCAGGCACAAUUUUUGGAGUUGCCUGGGGCUGGUGAGUUUGUGGCAGAGUCUCGUGGGGAAGGGAAGAUGGAACAAUGUCUGCUUCUACUGCAGCUGUGCUCUCCAAAACACUAACACUGAACCUGCAAUAAAAAGCGUAAGAUUUUUCAA